UCGUAUUGAUGCCUCCGCGAAAAUUGGGGAAGUUGAUUUUGAGGAAACAACCAUGAAUUGAUCGUUCAAUCUUCAACUACAUUGACAAACGCCCUUAGUUCCAUCUCACAAUCUCGAGAUUUGUGUAUGAGAAAUGAAGAACGCGCCGCACUAGUCAGCCCUGCAAUUUAAUCGCAAAACUCACAGUAUUUCUCUCCUCAUGGAAAAAGAGAGGCUAUGCACUGAUUCUGCAGACAUAUGUGAAUUAUUCAACAAAACAUUUGCAGCUAACUGCCUUAAGCCUACAAUCCCGUUAUUCGGUGUAUACCCUACUACUAAUAUGGCGCAACUUCCAUCUUUGCCUACACAAAAACAAAUUACAGUUGAAUUCACUUAUGCUAACAUUAACCAAACUAUGAGGACCCUCAAAAGCUCGAGAGGUUUUAGCACUGAUGGUAUAUCAUCUUAUUUUAAUAAACAUGGUGGCUCUGAAAUUCCUUUACUAUUACUUAAAAUCUUCACGAUGACCUUAGCAACCCAAACGUACCCGGAUAUAUGGAAAACAGCAUUUAUUAUGCCUAAACACAAAUCUGGUUUGUAAACAGAAGUCAACAACUACAGGCCGAUUAAUAUCACACCUAUCGCAUCCGGAAUUAUGGAGAGACUAGUUAAAGAUAAUCUACUCAAGCAUACGUUUAAUCGCAGCAUUGUAAGCCCUAACCAACAUGGAUUCCUGAAAUUCAGAUCUUGUUUAACAUGCUACCUAGACUUCUUUGAUUUUGAGACUAGUAGUCGUGACAGACGACAACUAGUACUUGUCAUCUACCUCGACAUUUCUAAGGCAUUUGACUGCGUCAGCCAUUUGCUGCCAAUACAUAAGCUGAACUCCCUAGGAAUACG